CUCAUCAGGAAGGUUGUGAAUGAUGUAUUGAAAAUGCGUAUACUAAAGCAUCCCAUAGUGCCAACAGGCCUGGUUGGAAUUGAAGAAAUCCGUAAGAUUGUUAAAGUCAACAUGAAGCAACACCGAGUAAUUGGAAUUUGGGGUAUGCGUGGGAUAGGGAAGACAACCAUCGCUAAAAUGUUAUUUGCAAAAUCCUUUCCUCAUUAUGACCAUGUUUGCUAUGCGGAAAAUGCAAAAGAGUAUACGCCGCAAAAGCUUUUGUCGGAGCUAUUGAGGGAACGAAUUACCACUGACGCAACAGGGUUUGUCAACAGUAUGAGCAGCCUUAGCAAUAAGAAAGUUCUCAUUAUCCUCGACAAUGUGAAGGAUUCUGAUCAACCAUUGUUAGAAGCAGUUUGCCAAGGGUACAAGAGCCACAGUCGAGAAAGUAAACUUAUUAUAACAACAACACAUAAGCAUUUGCUUGAAAAGAGAGUUGAUUGGACAUUUGAGGUCAAACAAUGGGACGACUCAAAAUCUAUAGAGCUUCUUAGCCUGAAAGCAUUCGAGGAAAGCAUCCCUCCAAAGCCUUAUGAGAUUCUGGUGAAUAAGGUUGUUAAGUAUGCCGGGGGAAUUCCGUUAGCUCUGAACCUUUUGGGUUCAUAUCUUCGAUCCAAAAGCAUUCAGUUCUGGGAAAGUACUUUGGAAAAGCUCCAGAAGCAUCCUAUUAAGCGCAUUCAGGCUGCCUUUACGGAGAGCUAUGAUGAAUUGGACGAGUUAGACAAGGAGAUAUUUCUUGACAUUGCAUUCUUUUUCCAUGGAGAAAAGAAAGAUCUUGUCACAAGCAUAUUAAAAGCAUGUGAAUUCUCACCAAUAAGGGGAAUAGAGAUCCUUCAAGAUAAAGCAAUGAUUACUACUAUUCCAUAUAAAGAAACAAUCGAAAUGCAUGGCUUGCUAAGAGAAAUGGCUUACGAGAUCGUACACGAGGAAAACAGUAAAGACCCUAGAAAACGUAGCCGAUUGAAGGAUACUGAAGACAUUUGUGUUGUACUCAAAGAGAACAAGAAAUCGCUUGAUGCAAUUGAAGGCAUAAUAUUAGAUUUGUCUCAAAUUAAAGACUUGCGUUUGAGUCCUGACACAUUUAAAAGGAUGAAUAACUUGAGAUUUCUAAAAUUAUACAUCCCCUCGGGUCAGAGUUCUGGUAAUAUGAUCCUUCCUACAGACCUUGAACCAUUUUCUGAUAAACUAAGGUACUUUGAGUGGCAUCAGUACCCUUUCAUUUCUCUUCCACCAAGUUUUUAUGCUAAGUUACUUGUUGAGAUUCGCAUGCCGCACAGCCAUGUCAAGAAACUCUGGGAGGAAAAGCAGGAACUUAAUAAUUUAGAAGGAAUCGACUUAAGUGAAUGCAAAGACUUAGAAGAGCUUCCAGAUUUGUCUGGGGCUAAAAGACUCAGAUGGGUGAAUCUCUCCGGUUGUGAGACUUUGCCUAUUCUUCAUUCAUCUGUAUUUUCCUCCAACACACUUGUUUCUUUGAUACUGGAUCGGUGUACGAAUUUGCAGUGUGUUAAGGCCGAAAGGCAUUUGAAUUCUCUGCAGCACAUAAGUGUCAAAGGCUGCUCAAAUCUCAAAGAAUUUGUGGUAUCGUCAGAUUUAAUUGAAAACUUGGAUUUGAGCAACACAAAGGUUGAAAAGCUGGACGAAUCAAUUGGGCAGCUACAGAACCUCAAAUGUCUCAAUCUAGAAGGUUCAAGAGUUAAGCAUCUUCCAAAGGAGCUAUCAGCCUUAAAAUUGCUUAAGGAGUUGAAGCAUUCAUACAGUGGACUAGAUAUUGACAAGCAUCAGCUGCAAGGCCUGUUUAACGGUUUAUCAUCUCUACAAAUACUACAUUUGAAGGAUUGUAAUCACUUGUUUGAAUUCCCUGACAACAUUGAUUCCUUAUCGAAAUUGCGCGAGUUAAGGCUAGACGGAAGCAAUGUGACCUGGUUGCCUGCAACCAUCAAGCGCCUUCAAGAGUUGGAAAUUUUGUCCCUAAAGAAUUGCAGGUUUCUUGAGACACUGCCUGAGCUUCCAUCCUCUGUCAAGGAGUUCUCUGCCGAUAACUGCAUCUCAUUGGGGUCUGUAUCAGCUCUAAACACUCUGGCAACAAAGAUGGUGGGAAAGACGAAACGCAUCUCCUUCAAUAAUAGCUUGAAAUUGUCGGCCGGAGACACAUUGCAUUCGAUCAUGCAAAGCAUUCAUUCAACAAUGGUGAGUGCUGUAUCUAGCAAUGUCACGGUAAGAAGCUAUGCAACCGAUGUCCAUAGCUACAACUACAAUAGUGUGGAGGUCUGUUUGCCAGGAGACACAAUCCCAGAGCAAUUUGCAUAUAAGACGGAGAAAUCCUCCUCCAUAACAAUUGAACUCCCUGACUCUCCUUCCAACUUUCUUGGCUUUAUCUAUUCAGUGGUUCUUUCACCGCCUCAUGGAAUGAAGAUGCAGGGUGCCAAAAUCCGAUGCGAAUACAACUUUGCAGGAGGCAAGAAUUCUUCGUGGGAGGACAUAACCAUAAGUGAAUUGAACUCGGAUAUUGUAUAUAUAUGGUAUGAUCCAUUCCUCGCUGACAAAAUUCUUGGACAAUAUGGGACAAGUUUUCAUCUUGAGUUCAGUGUUGCAACUGACACAGGGGAAGUUGAUGAGUCAAUUAUUAUUAAAGAGUGUGGUGUCCACAUCAUAAAUGAAUUAGAAUUGCAGAGAUUUUUACUGGAAUUAGAUAAGAAGAAAAAAGACAUGGAGGAGGAAUCAUCAGCGCAGCAUUUACACUUUCAUCCACCACAUGGAUCUCAAGAUCACAGCCAUGUCCAGACUCCACCUCAAGACAAGAAGAAAGAAAGAUUUGAUGAGAAGCAGAGCAAUGACAUCGAAAACCAGAUAUCAAAGCGAAAAAGAGAAAUGAAUGAACAAUCAUCUUUUGAUCAGAAAAUUGAAGAGAAGAUGGAAUCCGCUCCCAAUGAAAACAAGACUAGUGGUGGAAAAAGUGAUAAGGAGAACAUAAUCAAAGGCAAAGGAAAUGAAGAAACACCAACUGAACCUGAUGCUGCAUUGCCUCUAUGUAUUGAUUCAGUUAAAAACAAUGUGUUCCAGGACAUUUCAAAUGAAAAUUAUUAUGAUCAGCCAGAUAGUAUGGAAGAGGCCAAAGAUUUGGAAGAAAAACUACAAGAAGUUCAUCAUAACGUCCAUGAUAUGACUGCUGAUGAACCAUACAAAGAAAAACAAGGGGAACCAAUGGAUCUUGAAACAUCUGAAUGUCAAGACCACACUAGCAAUGUAGAACAAACAGAAAAUCUUGGGGAUGCUAAGAAAGUGCAAGAGCUACGCAAAGAGAAAACGAUUGAGCUUGCUCAACCCAUUAAUUCCUGCAUACCUCCACACGACAGCUAUGGAACACUAAGAACAACUGUUUUCCUCAAUGAGAAAGUCGUUUCUAAAUUAAUAAUCUUGGUUGGUAAAAUUUCAGGAAUACAUUAUGAGAAGAGGGCUCCUAAGUUGACUGUGAAAGAACUCCGCCGUCACUCAAGGAAGGUAGACAAGAAGGCAAAAGUUGAAGGCAACCCUGCAAGAGCAACUCAAGCUACAAAUUUAGCCAUGGAAACUUCUGAUUUUUCCCGUUCGAAUAUUAAAGGCAAAAGAAUAGAAGAUAUCCAUUUGAACAAGGUUCCAGCUCAAAAUGCUUCUACUUCUAUUGCAAAAACUCAUGAUAAAAUUACCAUUCCCUCCUUGGAUGAUCCUCAAGUUGCUCUGGAGUUGCUAAAACACUUCGAUGCAUCAGCGAAACGCCUCCAAAUAACAGAGUUUGUGGACCAUCAUGUUCUAUAUCCAUAUGAUCAUUCCAUAACAAAAGACCUUGAUGUUUCGACACUCUGUCGUUGGCUUCAAGUUCAAGGUCUUCGUUCAGUGAGCGUUGCGAGAUACGCAGAGAUGAAGUUCGAAGCGGCCAAACGGGAAAGAGAGGAAGAAUUAAGAGUUGCAAGAGAAGAAAAUGCAAAGUUUGAAGAAGCAUUGAAAAGAAUGGAGGAGAGGGUUUCACAUGUUGAAUCGUUGGAGAAAAGAAUUGAGGAUUUGAAUACUGAGGUGGCUUCUUGGAGAAGUAAAUAUGAAGAAACUGAAAAGUCGCUCAAAGAAACCCGAAAGAAACUUGAAGAUGAGAAAGAUGUAGGAGCUCAGAGAGAAUCUUAUUGGAAAAGAAAAGAGAGUGAGCUGAUUACGGAAGCGGCAAAAUGCUCGUUUAAAAAUUGCAGGUUGCAGGUUUCUAAAUUGUACCCUGAACUUGAUUUAAGUAGGCUUGGAGCUUUCAAGGAGAUUCAAAAUGGGCAGAUAGUAUCCCCAUCUAAUACGGAGGAGACUGAAAGUGAAGAAGACACCAGCAACUUUGACAAUGGUGGUCAUGACCAUGUCCGUGGCGACUAA